CAACACGCGAAGGUAAAUCAGCCUCCCAACGGCCGAACUUUGGCCAGCACUAACUGUACGCUAGACGCGUUCCGGAAUACAAGCGUGUUUCAACGUACAACGCCCGUGCCUCCGGAAGGCUACUUUGUAGACGCUCAGAUAAACUUGUCACGCAGGUGCCCUCCUUCUUGAGUUACCCAAUAGCACAGAACGUACCUUGCACUGGGACGAGAGGAAACCGUUAUCGGCGGCCAGAUAACAGCGGACAGCAUCCAUAACGGGUCAUCUCGUCGCAAUUCUGGGCCUGCCACACACAUUGAAGUGACACGGACAGCUUUCCGCAAAAUGGUGGAUGUGCGAUGGCUCAGAACAGCCUGUGUCUUUGUCCUGGCAGUUGGAAUAUGUACCGGACAAGAAACACAGAUCGAGCCACAACCCCCCAUGUCCUCGGGACCACGCCAUAAGGCGGCUCCGAACCUAUACGCCAUCGACGAGGCAUCCCUAAUCUACCCACAGCGGCCAUCAGACUACACUUCGUUCCGCAAGAUGCUGAUGUACCCAUACGACCGUGUAGACCUCACAACAAUCGACAGCAGCAAGCAAGAGCACGAAGCUGCCUUGACGGCUCGGCUUCCAUUUUUUGGAUUCCACUAUAAGUACAUCAAGGUUCACCUCAAUGGCUACCUUCAUUUUGGUGGAUCUCCAUCCAGCUUCAAAUUCAAAAUCAAGUUUCCUCUUCGUCCCGAAGAUACGAUUCGUGAGAAAGAUCCAGCACUCAUAGCGCCUUGGCUUAGCUACCAGGCCAUGGUGUCCGGCAUUCCGGAGUCUGGUGUGUACUUCCGUAUCGUCCAAAUGGGUACAUCUACGGAUCGUGACCCCGAGGGCUGGUUGCAACGAAGGAUCUUUGACGACUUCCGGGAAGGCAUGAUCGGAGCUGCCGAAUUUAAGCCUGUCUUUGCAGUAAUCGCCACAUGGAGAAACGUGACGAUCGCGCAAAUGCGAAGCAAUAAUAUUAAGACAAACACAUACCAAGUGGUUUUAGCCAGUGAUGAGCGGCGGACAUACGUCAUGUUCAACUACGAGAAGAUCGAUUGGAUUGCUGUUAAUGACGUCAUCAACGGCGAGAAUGGCGACAACCCGUUCAUUGGCUUCAACGCAGGAAACACGACACGUGCCUACGAGUUCCUGCCUUACUCACAAGAACCUCGGGUGAAGAACAUGCAUCAGCACGGCAACGGAAAUGGACUACCGGGACGCUACAUAUUCGAGGUUGAGGAAGAAAUCUGGCAUGGCACCUGUUUAAGAUUAGACCUGGUGCCCAAACUGGUGACUUCCCGUCCUCGGUUGACAUUUUUCCCGAGGUACGCCACUAUGUUAGGAGGCACACUCAUCAAUGUGACCGGUCCCUGUCUGUUACCGGACGACAAAAUUGAAUGCCAGUUCCAGGACAUGUCUGGACAGAGGUUCCCUGCCAUCUACCGUGACGCUAAUCAUGCCACAUGCCUCAUGCCUCCCGUGUUCUUCCACGGCUACGUCGAUAUCACCGUGUCUGUCGGCCGAGGAGACUCUAUGUUCUACGGACGCUUCUACGUUCAACCUCCAGAACUUGCAGCUGAAGACAUCGAAGUAUAUGACAACAAGCACAACGAGGAAAAACCAGAUCAGUUGCAUAUUAAAUGGUAUCCCCAUAAGCUGAUCGAUAACAACGCUUCCAGUGUACAGGUGCACCUCUGGGGCUACAACGAUGACCAAGAAUACCCUCAGCUGACAUACAUCGACACUCUGGCAACUGGACUUCGGAACGGGGACUUGAGGAAAGUGAUCAACUUGGAGGAAUUCCGUGACCGCAACAACUGGGACAAGCUCAACUACCACUUCGGAUUUAUUAGUAUGAACCUGACAGACGGCAGCGCUGUUGGCAAGAAUUUCAGGAGCUCUCCGUCCAUCUGGAGCCGUCCGAUGCCUCUGGCUUGGUACUUCUGGCCCCAGUGGGAACGGAAGAUUGGCCUCGACUGGAAGGACCAGUUCUGCGACAAUUGGCACCAGCGAGAAAGCAUUACAGACCGCUUCGCUCUGACAUUGUGGCGUUGUCCCUGUACCAUGAAACAAUCUGACUUCGACAGGGGUCGAUUUGCCCCCGACGGCCUCUGUAACACUUACAGCAAGAAGUGUGACCCGCUACACAAAGGUGCCCUCCACUGCGUUCGGACAGGACGACCAUCGGUUGGUGGAUCGGGACAGUCCUGUUGUUAUGACAUGGAAGGAGAACUAAUGUUGACAGCUGACACUAUGUAUGGAGGCCGACCAUCCAGAGUAUUCAGCUUUGGAAUCCUCCCUUACAACCAGAGGGUCAAAGUCCCAACGCUGUCAUAUUGGAACUACGAUACAGCGCCCUUCUUUUACUGUUGCCACUGGCAAGAUGGGAAAGAUGACUCCAGUUCGUGCCAAAAGUUCAAGUACUGGAGGACAUCGCAGGACUGCACAGCCUAUCAGCCACCGGGAUACGCUGCCAUAUUCGGAGAUCCACAUUUCCUCACAUUCGACCAGGCUAACUACACCUUCAACGGAAGGGGGGAGUUCGUCCUCGUGAGGGUGAACGACGUUAAAGGGAAACUCGAAAUCCAGGGACGUUUUGAAAGUCCUCUGCGAAAACAACUGGAUGACUACAUCGUUAAUGGCACCUUCCUGACUGCUGUGGCCAUGCGCGACAACGUUUCGGACACCGUGGAGAUACACCUGAGGCCAAGGGCCGCUAGCUGGCAGUACCAGCUCUACCUAAUCGUCAACACAGAAUUCAUCUACUUCUGGGACGAAACCAUGAGAAUACAGAACUUCAAAGGUGUGACAAUUUACCAGCCCACUGGAUACUACAACAUGUCAAAAAUUGUGGCUAUGUUUGACUCUGGUGCCGGAGUCGAAGUCAUGGUGAACAACGAUCAACUCAUGCUCAACGUCUUCCUCCCUGUGGAAUUUUUCAAUGUUACGCAUGGACUGCUAGGAUUCUGGGACAAGAAGAAGGAAAACGACUUCAUGCCUCCUGGAAGCACUUCAUACGUGUCAAUCUCAGCAUCCUCUCAGCAAAUAUAUGACAGUUUUGCUAACCUCUGGAGGCUAUCAGAAAACGAUGCACUCUUCAAUCAUAAAGCAACGGGUUACUUGUUCGGGCAUUACGAUGACCAGGGUUUCAGGCCCAAUUUAGGAGACCCUCCAGCCAUACCACAAAACUUCAGCUUCCGUCCACAAGACAUCGCAGACACAUGUUCAUCAUCUAAAUCAUGCAUUUACGACUUCAUCAUCACUGGUGACCGCAAGUUUGCAGCAACAACAAAAGCCAAUGAGGCUGAAGCACACAGUGUGGCAAAGCUAAUAAAAGAAGAAGUGAUUCGCUGUCCUGCCAUCGACAAGCCAGCCAACGGCAGAAAAAGUGAGAUUCGGAACUUUGUGGGUCGCACAGUGAGGUUCUCCUGCAACGACGGCUACAGGCUGGUGGGACAUGAAGUACGACAGUGCAAGGAGUAUGGACUGUGGUCGUGGGGUGUCGAUGUCACCUGCAUCAGCAAUGCAGCAUAUGCAAGAAAGAUUGCUGGCAUCACUUUGGGAAUCCUCUUGCCUAUCCUUAUUCUCCUUUGUCUUCUGGUAUUCUGCUUCUGCCGAAGAAAUCGGCACCAGAGAUCCCAUUACACUGGCUCAAAUGGAGAUUUCAGUAAAUUCCAAGAGAGGAAAGCAAAGACCUAUGCUCCAGCUGGAAAAGAAACUGAAACUGCUGCAUGAGGGAUCUGGCAAACUUUUGUGGUGAAGACCCCUGUACAUAUGCAUUUUCUUGACUAACUUCACCAAGAAAUAGCUGCCACAUGUUUCAUUGCUGCAUAUUGUAUUGCCAUAUGCCAUUAGUUAUUGUUUCUAGCAUUAAGCAGCUGUAAUCCUAAAAUCAUGCACUAUGUGGACAAGUAUGUCUUAGCAUUUCUUCAUUUCCCUGGACUCGUUUCUCGUUCAGAACAAGAUGAGCUCAAGAAGAAUAUUACAGCACAGUGUGAUACUAAUCAUACUAAUAUAUUUUACUAUCAUUGUGUAUACGAAGUGCGAAAGAAGGACACGGAAUACCGAACAAUAAGUGACAUGACAGGUGUUUUGUAUUCCAUGUCCUUCAUUACGUGCUUCGCAUGCACCAUGCUAUGUAGUCACCUCACCCAGCUUUCUCUACAACUAUUUUACUAUAUUUGUCUUAAUCUAGUAUAGUAGGUUGUUUCAUAUAGCACCACCAAUUAAUAGAGAGAAAGGCACUGACUGUGUAGCACCAGGCAUCGCCUAGUCAAACAUAUAUGUAUAAAAAAAAAAAGGUAGACAAAUUCACAGCGAGAAAGAAAAGGAACUUCCCAUCUUUUUCUUUUUCUCAAUUCAUUCUUGAACUGCACACUGCCAAGUGAAGUACUAGGUGCAUAUGACUACAGUUGAGCUGUAAUUCAUACCAGUUUGUCUUCGUAUUACCUCAUGCAUCAAUAAAAAUUUUACUUUUA